GGCACGAGGCAGAGGCGAGGGAGAGGUAGAAACUAGAAAGAACCAGAAGAAGCGAUAGAGCACCGCGUGUUUUUAUUUUUUAAAUACGUGCAGAAAAAAUAUGAACAAUUUUAUAUUAUUUUGUAAUGACAGUUUUACUAAACAGGCGUUCCAAGCUUUUGAAAUGAAUAAUCCAAAGAUUGUUGUCGGCCAUUUGAAUUCAAUAAUUACUGGAUUCACUCGAAAUUAUAAUCAUGCAAAUUUUGAUAUAUAUAGACAGUUAUCUCCAAUGAUUACCAUUUUUAUAGCAGUUUUUAUAACAGAGAAUUAACGCCUGCCAAGCUAGGGCUGUGGAAGAAGAAGAAGAAUAAGCAUGGACGCAAGCAAAGAACAGUUUCUGAAGGAAUUCGGUCACGAUUAUGGCUAUCCUAAUGGUCCGAAGAGUAUCGAUGAAAUUCGAGCCACCGAAUUCAAGCGAUUGGAACAGAACGGUACUGUGUAUCUGGAUCAUGCCGGAGCUACGUUAUACUCUGAAUUGCAGAUGGAGGCGGUUUUUAAAGAUCUUAGCAGCAACGUGUAUGGAAAUCCUCAUAGCCAAAGUGAAGCUAGUUCUGCAACUUUUGACAUAGUAAGACAAGCACGCCAAGAGGUUCUUGAUUAUUUCAAUGCAUCUCCUAAAGAUUACAAAUGCAUAUUCACAUCUGGUGCUACGGGUGCGCUGAAGCUGAUUGGUGAGGCCUUCCCAUGGAAUCAAGGAAGCAGUUUUAUGUACACUAUGGAAAAUCACAAUAGUGUUCUUGGGAUCAGAGAAUAUGCUCUCAGUAAAGGCGCUAAAGCUUUUGCAGUAGAUAUUGAAAGUGUUGCGCAUCAUGAAGGAGUAUCCAAAACCCUUGAACCAUUAACGAAGAUGUCAAUGCAUCAGGUCCAAAGGAGGAAUAAAGCUGAAAUUAUGGAAGGAGAGGCUAAAGCUGAUGCUUUUAACUUGUUCGCCUUUCCGUUAGAGUGCAAUUUCUCAGGAUUCAGAUUUGGCCUCAACUUGGUGAAUGAUAUUAAGAAAAAUCCGGAAAGAAUUUUAGAAGGUUCUCAAUUUUGCAAGGGAAACUGGAUGGUCUUAAUUGAUGCUGCAAAAGGAUGCGCGACACAACCUCUAGACUUGUCAAGUUAUUCUGCAGAUUUUGUUGUACUCUCAUUCUAUAAGUUAUUUGGAUAUCCAACUGGGCUAGGUGCUCUCAUUGUUCGAAAUGAUGCUGCUAAGAUAUUGAAGAAGGCCUACUUUAGUGGAGGAACGGUUGCUGCAUCAAUUGCUGACGUCGACUUUGUUAGAAGAAGAGAUAAUAUUGAAGAGCUUUUUGAAGAUGGCACCAUUUCAUUUCUGAGCAUAGCAUCUAUUCGCCAUGGAUUCAAAAUACUAAAAUCUCUAACUGCGUCUGCAAUAUGCAGGCAUACAACAUCACUCACAGCAUUUGUGGAGAAAGUUCUUAUGGAUUUGAAGCAUGGAAAUGGGGCUAAUGUCUGUACAAUUUACAAAAAACAGGUUUCAAAGGCGAUUUGUCAAGGAUCAGGUUCCUUAUUGUCAUUCAAUUUGCUAAGACCAGAUGGUUCUUGGUUCGGAUCCCGUGAGGUGGAAAAAUUGGCUUCACUAUCUGGAAUUCAGCUACGGACAGGAUGCUUUUGCAAUCCUGGAGCAUGUGCAAAAUAUCUUGGAUUAUCUCACUCGGAUCUUCUUUCUAACUUGGAGGCUGGGCAUGUUUGUUGGGAUGAUAAUGACAUACUACAUGGAAAACCAACUGGUGCUGUUAGAGUAUCAUUUGCUUACAUGUCAACAUAUGAAGAUGCCAAGGCUUUUGUUGAUUUUGUCAAAAGAUCAUUUGUAUCAACACUCAAUAAGUCUGGAAAUGGGCAUCUGCUGAGAACAAGAUCCGCUCUCUUUUCAGGGGAAGAAAAAACACAACCACUGACAGGCUAUCAUCUUAAGACUAUAUCGAUUUACCCAAUAAAAUCAUGUGGAGGAUUCACCGUAGAAAGAUGGCCUCUGAGCAGCACUGGCUUGCGACAUGAUCGGGAGUGGCUCCUUAAAAGUCUAACGGGUGAGAUUCUUACGCAGAAGAAGGUUCCUGAAAUGUGCUUUAUUAGUACUUCUAUUGACCUGAACCAAGGGAUAAUGUUUGUUGAGUCACCUAGAUGCAGACAGAAGUUGAAGAUCAAUCUAAGUACAGAUUCUGAUCCUGCUGCAAAAGAAGAAAUUGAGUUGCAUGCCAAGAGAUUCGAAGUAAAGCACUAUGAAAAUGACAUCAACCUAUGGUUUAGUAAUGCAGUAGGUCGACCAUGCACAUUAUUACGAUAUUCCAGUUCAGAGAAUAAAGUUUGCAGUAAGAUGAACAGAGGUAUGAACAUGUGCAGAGAUGUGGAGAGCAGAUUCAGUUUUGCCAAUGAAGCUCAGUUUUUAUUACUAUCCGAGGAGAGUGUAUCUGACCUCAACAGCAGAUUAAACCUGAAUGUGCAAAAAGGAAGUAAUCGAACAUUCAUCCAAAUUAAUCCAAUGAGAUUUCGUCCCAAUCUUGUUAUAUCGGGAGGUGAACCUUAUGCAGAAGAUGGAUGGAGAAGUCUUAAAAUUGGCAGCGAGUAUUUUACAUCAUUGGGUGGAUGCAACCGCUGCCAGAUGAUCAAUUUAGUGAAUCAAAGCGGUCAAGUGCAGAGGUCAAAUGAACCUUUGGCUACUCUAGCUGCAUACAGGAGAGUUAAGGGGAAAAUACUAUUUGGAAUAUUAUUAAAAUAUGAUAACAGUCAUGAGCUUGGGCUGUCAACGGAUUCAUGGCUACAAGUGGGGGAAGAAGUAUAUACACAUUCUCAAUAAGUAUAUAUUUGACAGACGGGGAAUAGCAUAGAAAGAGUCUGACAAAAAAGAAGAGCUGAUUUUGGAAGCAUCCAAAUAAAGUUCCAACAGCGUCACGCGUCAUAAUGGUACGAUCCAUAUGUAUAGUUCUUGUAAUGAUGCAUAAAAUGUGUUUUCGGGAGGUUUAUGCGACUAACUUUGUUUAUUAAUGAUGAUCUAUUGUAAAUAUGAGCUUUGUCCA